GAAGCAUUGUACUCGCUCUUUUUGUUCAAUGAAUCGUGUGUGGACUUUCUGAAGAACAAUAAGGUCGGGAGGUCAAUGGACCAUCCACAUCAGUCCAAACUACAUAAACCGUUGUUCUCAGCUGGUCAAAAUGUAUUCCAUCCCCCGCCUCGUUUCCUUAACCGUCCUCGUUGCUUUCUACCGGUGCUGGGCCACCCGAUUAUUCAUUCACCAAAGACACCCCUGCAAUUGCUGUUGUUUUCAAGUCAACCAAGUCUGUGAUCUUAAGCAUCCCCUAGACAUUAUCAUUCUUUUCUAUCGUUCAUAAUGGCCGGCGUACGAGCAUAUAUCUUCUUUGGACUCAAUGUUGUCCGCUUCCUGAGCAUCGUCUCUCUCAUACUGGUCUUUGCCAGUAGCAUCUUUGUCAUAGUCACAGACGUUGAGGCUGUCAACGCGUUUGAAGCUGCAAGACAAAGUGGCAAUGUCACAGCGCAAGACUUUGCCGACUGCGAAUACAUCGAGAACAGCACCGUACCCAACCAGAUUGGCGGCGUUUUCUGGGCUAUCAUCAACCGCCUGCUUAUUAUCUUCCAAGUUGUCAUUCUUUUCCUUUCCGAAAUUGGCUGGCCAUCCCCUUUCUUUGAUCGCUUUUUCCCUGUGCUUGGUUCUGGCUUUGGACUUGGUGCUCUUGGUAUCUUCCAAGGACUUAUCGGAGCUGCAGUCCUCUCGCAGCAUGUGGAUGACUUCACCCUUGUCUCCGCUUUCUUCCUUUUUGUCCUCGGCUGCAUAAACAUGUUCCUUGGUCUCCUCUUUCGUGAAUCGGCCAAGAGCAGACGUUCCAUUACGUUGUGGCGUGAGGGUGCCAAGGAUGUACUGCCAACGAACAACCCACGUCCUCCUACCAAUCUUAGCCGUUCUAGCUCCGGGCAGACAUACACUUCUUCGACAGUCUACGAUGAGAAGACUGGAAAUGUUACGGAGUUCGGCGCAAUGCGGAAUGGAAGCCGAGCUGGUUACGGCUUUGGGCGACAAGGUGAGAAGGCUGCAGGCCUGAGAGGCUUCUUGAUCUCCAAGCCUCUUGAGAGUCGCCCCCGUUAUGCAGCUCGUCCCACUAGCGCUCCCUCCCGGUCCUCCCGUUCUUCCUCGCCUGAACCUGAAUCUGAACCUCAUUUCGCCUCCAGCGGUUCCGCGAUUUGAUGACAGCACCGACGCUUCCUAACACUAGGAAUUGUCACGACGCCACGCGCAUGUCAUUAACAUGACCGUACUUAUAUGGUCUACUCAUGUGUGUACAACCACGGACAACCCCAGCGGGAACGCUGGUCUCACGUUGAUAUAUCUACUGUAUGGUGUUGUGCAGUACACUAUUUUGUACUGUAUUGGACAGUUGUAGCUCUUAGCAUUACAUAUUGCAAUUAAUAAGUACUGUUUGAAUGUAA